AUGGACUCUGAGCACGAAACGCUAUGCAUAACAGCGAAAUUUUCGAUUGAUUUAACCAUUGAUAUCCCGGUGCCAACGCUCGAAGAACUUUUGGAAAUCAUAAAGAGGAACAGUUCGUCUCCGCAGAACUCUUCGGUUAACGAUCAAAUCGAUGAAAGCGCAUUUGGGUUAUUUCUACUUGUAUUCGAGAACGAAGUUUAUAAGGAAACAAGAUUGUCUGCAAAUUUGUGGGGCAAAUUCGUAGCGGUCGGAAGGGAAGCUUGGGGAAAUGCAAGCGAGAUAUAUCGUGAUGCUUUUGAUAAACUCUCUGUUGAGUUAAAUUCUCAUUAUGAAUAG